AUGGAACACAGUGCUUGCCGCUGGUUGCCAGAGGUACGAAGGUCAGCCGAAACGGUGAUUGAUGAUUAGAUCGACAAAAACGCAAUAGGAAAACUCGAAAACGCAAAAAGUUUUCAUUUAAAAGGGUUUGUAUUCGAGAAAAACAGAAGCGAAACGGUGAAAAACGAGUAGAAAUUACAUCACGGGCGCGGGCAAACGGGAGUGAGCAAGUGCGCUCCAACCUAACAUUCAUGACGGAGUGCUUGUCCGAACCGGGAUAUCCCUUCUCUUCUUAUCACCUUCUCCUGAUCUCAUUCCAUCAUUGAUCCGUUGAUUACCUUCAUUUUUUCAAAUAAAACGUGUUCAACAGAAUAUUCUUCCAUAGAAAGGUCCGGCCAACUCGAUUCUCUUCGGGUAUUCUCGGUUAGUUUCAAAAAUAAAUAUUUUGCAAGAAAAUAACCGGUUUUAAUCGAUUUCCAACACUUUCGUUAAUAAAUUAGUAAUUUGGCAAAUUCAGAAGCAUGAUGACCCUCCGGUCGCACGAGCAGCUCGUCAUCUGUGUCGGCGUUAUGUUCCUGCUCACCGUCUGCAUCACCGCCUUCUUCUUCCUCCCGGCCGGCGGUGCCGAUCUGUACUUCCACGAAGAGAACGUAGUUCACGUGAGAGACACGUCCAUCAGGUAAGAAUAUGUCACAAGAGAUCGCAAAGUUCACCCCUCGAAUUGCAGAGAAUUAGCGCGGAGGAAAGAACAAGAGGCGUUACUGAAAAAAGCAGAAGAUGCGAAUCCAAUUCCGAUUCCGAAACCAGAGAUUGGGGCAGCAGAUGAUGCAGAAGGACGGAGGGUCUUUGUGAAACAAAUGAUCAAGUUUGCAUGGGAUGGAUACCGAAAGUUCGCUUGGGGAGAGAACGAGCUGCGACCGAAUAGCCGCUCAGGACACUCUUCGUCGAUUUUCGGAUACGGAAAGACGGGCGCCACGAUUAUAGAUGCCAUUGACACGCUCUUUAUUGUCGGGCUGAAAGAAGAAUACAAAGAAGCCAGAGAAUGGAUUGCCAACUUCGAUUUCAAGUCCUCAGCUGUGAGUUUUCCCUAGUCCGUAUCAAUUCCAUCAAAAAUCUUUUCAGAAGGGCGAUUUGUCAGUUUUCGAAACAAAUAUCCGUUUCACAGGAGGACUACUCUCCGCGUAUGCUUUGACCGGUGAUACAAUGUUCUUGAAGAAAGCAGAAGAAGUUUCCACUCUCCUUCUGCCGGCUUUUGACACCCCCACCGGCAUCCCAUACUCGUUGAUCGAUCUUCAAUCGGGACAUGCGAAAACUUACAGUUGGGCGAGUGGAAAAGCAAUUUUAUCGGAGUAUGGCUCAAUCCAACUAGAAUUCGACUAUCUAUCCAACCUUACUGGAAAUCCAGUAUUUGCCGAGAAGGCGGAUAAGAUUCGUAAUGUUCUGACUUCAAUGGAAAAGCCGGAAGGACUCUAUCCCAUCUACAUUUCUCUAGAAUCGCCGCCUCGGUGGGGACAACGUAAGCAUCAAAUUCAUUUUUCUAUUCUCGUAUUCUCUCCAAAUUCAGAUCUGUUUUCAAUGGGAGCAAUGGCUGACAGUUGGUACGAAUACCUUCUGAAGCAGUGGAUUUCGACGGGAAAAAAAGACGAUCGCACGAAGAGAGAGUACGAAGAGGCCAUCUUUGCGAUGGAAAAACGCAUGUUGUUCAAAUCGGAACCGUCGAAUCUGUGGUACUUUGCCAAGAUGAACGGAAACCGAGUGGAGCACUCAUUCGAGCAUCUCGCCUGUUUCUCUGGAGGAAUGGUUGUGUUGCACGCGAUGAACGAGAAAAACAAGACGAUUGCCGAUCAUUACAUGAACCUCGGCAAAGAGAUUGGACACACGUGCCAUGAAUCCUAUGCGAGAUCCAGUGAGAGAACAUUUAUUAAGUUUUUUUUCAUUCAAUUUCAAUUUUUAGCUACCGGAAUCGGCCCCGAAUCAUUCCAAUUCACAUCAAGUAUCGAAGCAAAGACGGACCGCCGUCAGGAUUCUUACUACAUUCUGCGCCCAGAAGUCGUCGAAACGUGGUUCUAUCUGUGGCGAGCCACGAAGGACGAAAAGUACCGUCAGUGGGCAUGGGAUCAUGUACAGAAUCUGGAGAAGCACUGCAAGGUUGAGGAGGAGUUCUGACAAGAGAUUAUUUUGAUUUUCAGGGAAAUGUCGGAUACUCGGGCAUCCGAAAUGUUUAUGAUUCGGCUCCGGAGCAGGACGAUGUGCAACAGUCGUUCCUCUUCGCAGAGCUCUUCAAAUAUCUGUAUCUGAUCUUCAGUGAAGACGACGUUCUUCCUCUCGAUCAGUGGGUUUUCAAUACGGAAGCGCAUCCGUUCCGUAUCAGGAAUUAG